UGGAGAAGUCUUUCCGAGCACUAGUCGCGCCUCUUACCGUGCGCGACCGGGUGGAAUGGAGAUACUACGGACCCUAGCUCACCAACCUGUUAACAGCAAAAACAUGUGCGAAAGGUCAAAAGCAGCCGACCUGAGAUCGAAGAAAUCGGAGCAUCACACGCACGCCCAUCAGGAGCUAUCUCGGAUUGUUACGGAUUACAAGACAGGCAGAUGUUACUGCAGGGGGAAACUGCUCGGAAAGGGAGGUUUCGCCAAGUGUUAUGAAUUUUCGGACUUGGUCACUGGCAAGGUGUACGCUGCUAAAAUCAUUCCACACACUCGCGUCUCCAAACCGCACCAAAGGGCGAAGAUCGACAAAGAAAUUGAGUUGCACCGAGGACUCCACCACAAACACAUCGUGCAUUUUUACCAUAAUUUCGAGGACAAAGACAACAUCUACAUUCUUCUGGAAUACUGCAGUCGAAGGUCUCUGGCUCACAUACUGAAAGCACGCAAGGUCCUUACAGAGCCAGAGGUCAGAUACUACCUCAGGCAGAUAGUGGGUGGACUGAAGUACUUACAUGAGCAGGAGAUUUUACACCGAGACCUAAAACUGGGCAAUUUCUUCAUCACAGAGCUGAUGGAACUGAAGCUGGGGGACUUUGGCCUGGCUGCCAAACUGGAACCGGUGGAGAGCCGCCGGAGAACCAUCUGUGGAACCCCCAACUACCUGCCUCCCGAGGUCCUCAACAAGCAGGGCCACGGCCGCGAGUCCGACGUCUGGGCCCUUGGAUGUGUCAUGUACACCAUGCUGCUGGGUAGACCCCCGUUUGAGACCACCAACCUGAAGGAGACGUACCGCUGCAUCCGAGAGGCUCACUACUGCCUGCCCAGCUCGCUGUCCAGCACGGCCCAAUCGCUCAUCAGCAGCAUGCUGGCCAAGAGCCCGCAACACCGCCCCCAGCUGGACAACAUCCUCAGCCACGACUUCUUCACACAGGGCUUUACACCAGAGAGGUUGCCGGUCAGUUGCUGUGUGUCAUCUCCAAACUUCCAGCGCAGUCCGGCCCGAAACUUCUUCAGGAAGGCUGCAGCGGCUCUGUUUGGUGGGAGGAGAGAGAAGGAGAGAUACUACCACACAAUAAAGCUCAGUAAAGAGGAGGAGGUGCACAGACUACAGAGCGACCUGAAGAAAAUCACCAUCAGCACUCCAGCAGCCACAGACACUGCUAGUGUGGAUAGUGUGUUGCCCCUGGCGCGGAGGUCCACUCCCCCUCCUGCAUCUGCUGAUGAGGUCAGAGACUCCAUCCACAUGAUCGUCAGGGGAGCCCUGGGGGCCAGCAGCAGCAGCAGCAGCAGCACCGAAGGUGUGGAGGAUGGCAGCAUGGCCAGUGUGGUGGACAGUGUGGCCAGAGUCCUUCGAGAUUGUCUGGAAAAAAUGGCAGAAGCCGAGUCCAUCCCGAAGAAGAAAGGGGGCAGCACGUCGUUCCUCUGGGUUACCAAGUGGGUGGACUACUCCAACAAGUACGGCUUUGGCUACCAGCUGUCUGACCACAGCGUCGGUGUGCUGUUCAACAACGGCACGCACAUGAGCCUUCUUCCAGACAAGAAGACUGUGCAUUACUCUGCAGAGCUGGGCAGUUGCUGUGUGCUGUCCAGCGCAGAGGCCAAAGAGUCCUUUCAGGGCCAGGUCACCAUAUUGAAAUACUUCGCCCACUACAUGGAAGAGAACCUCAUGGAUGGUGGAAAUUUGUCAAAGGGCACAGAUGUCAGUAAGCCCAGCCUCUAUCUGCUUCAGUGGCUUAAGUCAGAUCGAGCACUUAUGAUGCUGUUCAAUGACGGCACCUUUCAGGUGAACUUCUACCACGACCACACCAAGAUCAUCCUGUGUCGCGAGGGCAAGGCGCACCUGCUGAGCUACAUCAACGAGGACCGCGUAUCCACCACCGUGUGCCUCAGUGCGUUACUUACCAACGGCUGCUCCGCACAGCUGCGAGAGCGCCUUCACUACGCCUACAACAUGCUGAUGCAGUUAUGCAUCUGAGCGCUACACCUACAAUAUGUUGAUGCAGUUAUGCAUCUGAGCGCUACACCUACAGUACAAUAUGUUGAUGCAGUUAUGCAUCUGAGCGCUACACCUACAGUACAAUAUGUUGAUGCAGUUAUGCAUCUGAGCGCUACACCUACAACAACGUGCUAAUGCAUCGCAGCUACUAAAAACAACAGACUAAAAAGUAACUGAUGCAUCAAGACAGUUGGACACUAACAUGUUACAUCUUCAACAUGCAGCUGCAGAUGCAGAACAGUACAUAGCUGCCUAUGAGGGCUUAACGUGUGUGGUGUGCGUGCGUGUGUGUGUGUGCAUGCGUGUGUGAAGUCCCACUGGAGUCAUGGGAGAACUAAGAGGAGGUGGGAACAGCUAUACAUAAAUGACCCUGGGCUGGACCCAGAGGAUGUGUACUGUAUGUACAUACACACCUACUGUACUCACUGAUCUUUGACUGAAGCAGAGGACAGUGGAGAUUGCUUAGUACAGACUCUUAGGGCCUUUGCACCCUACAAUCCAUCAUUACAUCUGCGUAUUUUCAAUCUGUCAAACAUAGAACGUCACUGUUCACUGAGGUUUGCUGUAGAACGUUUCAGUUCACUGCAGUAGUCUUGUUCACUGCAUCUCUAUGAGGAUGGAAAAAAAUCGAAACCUACAGUAGACGAAAGUUUCACAGUCAGUGUUUAAAUGUGAUUGACACAUCGUGAGGUUGUGUUUAUUUUAUAUGGUGUCGUUCAAUUUCGGACAAAAACACACACUCAUUGUCCAGUGGCCUCUAGACUAGGGCUAGGAGGGCGUCAGCAAAAGCACUCCUUUACUUUGUGGCCUACCCAGUGUAAAGCAGCAAUCCGUGUAACUGUGAACUGUUCUGUGCUAGAACAAGAAGGUUUGGCGGUGGUCAGAGAUAGAGGAGGAUACGCAGCUACGUGUACAGCUGAUGGAUGGACAGGUCCAUGGCGUGGUGUCCACCGACCCAAACAGCAAUACAGGCACCAGGGACGCCCAAGCAACUUGGUAUCGAUAGCUGUUUUUUUGGUGCCUGUCAUAGACUGUUGUGUUGAGCACUGUGUAUUUAUUUAUUUAAUAAAGUCAUUGAAUAGUUGUAA